AAUAAAAUAAAAAUGGUUAUCUGCUGUAUUCUUAUUAAAUCAUUUCUAGAGCUUACUUUUUUUGGUGGAAAAUUGCUUACUUAUCGCAGGAAUAUUUCAAUUUACUGGGCAGCUUUGUUUGAUGUAUUGCCACUGUGGCAGCAUAUUAUUAAUUAGUGUCCCAUUUGGCAGGUACAUGGGAACAUUUGGAAUGAUUUCUGGACAGGCAAUGAAGAGAAAAACUUUCCACUUUUCAGACAGAAAUGAUAAAUAAGAUACCGCUAGAGAUUUCACAGCUGGUUUUAGGAAUGUUGUACUUUAUAAAUGCAGCUUAGCCAAGCUCUUUGAUUCUCAUGCGGCUAGCAAAGUUCCCCUUGGUAUACUUCAAGUCUUCUCUUUCCAGUGACAGUCCCUCCUUGCCUGCCAUUGAUGACAAAAAAAUAAAAUAAUGUCUAAUUGUUUCUUCUUCUUCUUUUAGACACAUAAUCCAGGAGAGGAAUAAAAGAAGAUUUGCACAUUGAUUACAUUUUUAAAAACCAACUUCAGUGACUCAGGAGAAAAACCUAUGCGAAUCCUAAAAUGACUCUCUUCCAUGUACACUUAUAUUUGGCUGGCUCCAUCUUCUGGAUGAUACAGAAAUCCAAUUCCUUCAUGCUUCCCAAUGCUACUGAACUCCUUUACCCAUCCAGGAGCCCCGAGGCAGGCUUGACAUCUGGCCUUGGAAUACCCAGGACUCGCAGGAAGCGCUAUAUUUCCGCCAGGGACAUGAGUGCACUUUUGGAUUAUCACAAUCAAGUGCGGACUCAAGUGUCUCCACCUGCCGCCAACAUGGAGUAUAUGGUGUGGGAUGAAAGGCUUGCCAGAUCUGCCGAAGCAUGGGCAAAACAGUGUAUAUGGGAGCAUGGACCUCCACAACUGAUGAAAUACAUUGGUCAAAACCUUGCAAUCCACUCUGGCAGGUAUAAUUCAGUUGUGGACCUUGUGAAAUCCUGGUAUUAUGAGAAACAACACUACGCCUUUCCUUAUCCCUAUGAAUGCAAGCCCAGCUGCCCUUCCAAAUGUAGUGGCUCUGUCUGCAGCCAUUACACUCAGAUGGUGUGGGCUUCUAGCAACAGAAUUGGCUGUGCCAUCCACACCUGCAACAACAUGAAUGUGUGGGGCAGCACAUGGCGGAGAGCAGUCUACUUAGUGUGCAACUAUGCUGUCAAGGGAAACUGGAUAGGAGAAGCUCCUUACAAAAUGGGGAGGCCUUGCUCAGCCUGUCCGCCGAGUUAUGGAGGCACCUGCAGCAACAACAUGUGCUCUGCUGGACUCCGAUCCAAUAGAGUGAGCUGGUUCUGAGCCUGCCACAUUCAUUCUGAACUCAACGACAGCUGGAGGACUUGGGAGCAGGACUCAUAGCUGGAAAUGACAAAAGCCACAUGGCACAGCAUACAGUGAAUUCUAAUAAUAUAGAAAUAAAUAUUCACGGAAAGUCCUAGGCUGCUUUCUCGUGACCUUUUGUUAGGAUCCUCCUUCAUACACCAAUAAAACUCCAACUACACUUCCCCUUGACACCUGCAGUUCCCAUAGUUUUGUAAUGGGAAGAAGUUUUUAAACUUCAUUGCACUGCAGGCUACAGUUCUGAUUUGUGUAUCCUUUGUGGGACCGCUUUUUGUGUGUUUGUGUGUGUUUAAAACUAUGCAGCUACCUACGGAAGCCUUCUCCAUUUAAAUUAUACCUGUUAUGUCUCUGAUACUGUAUUUACAUGUUUUUGUAUGUAGUAAAGAGCAACUCAUUUUCAAAGCAAAUUUGGUCAUUGUUGAACCCAGUAGAUCAUUUUUCAGACAAGAGUUGUUUCUAAAUACCCUUCAUGCAUUUUCUGGAGCAUUUUUGAAGCAUGUGAUGUGCUCUCAAGGACAAUUUAUUAUCUCCCAUUCAAUGAGUCAUCUGAACCUCUUUGCAUUACUUGUUAGCACUAGUCAAAUAUUUUCACCAUUUCAUAAAUAGCUGAUCAAUUUCUUUUUAAUAAAAAUGCAGUGUAUUAACCUAGUUAAAACUGAUUCCUGAGUUUGUUCAAAGCUUCAUAUUCUGGUGAAUACUAUUCUUCCAAAAGAGUUUCCUAUUUAUGCCUUCUGGCAGAACCAUGUCCAAACUUGCACAUUGCAGAUUCAGACGUGUUCCAUCAAAAUGUUCUCACAUCAACCAACAAUUCCUUCCCGACUAUUCCAUGUAUGUACUGGUCUUCCACAGGUUAAGUAUAUCUUACUCAAAUUGUCAAAACCAGAAAUCAAGGAACUCCAAAAUCUGAAAUUAUCUAUAUGAAUGGC